CGAGAAGAUCACUGAGAAGGAGUAACCCUAGCCGGCAGCAGAAGAAACACACAGAGAACAGAGAGGAAAAGCCAAAGAUGACUUUCAAGCGUAGGAACGGUGGGAGGAACAAGCACAACAGAGGUCACGUCAACCCAAUCAGAUGCUCCAACUGUGGCAAAUGCUGCCCCAAGGACAAGGCCAUUAAGAGGUUCAUCGUGAGGAACAUUGUGGAGCAGGCUGCUAUCAGAGAUGUUCAGGAAGCCAGUGUCUACGAUGGAUACACAUUGCCAAAGCUGUAUGCAAAGACGCAAUACUGUGUCUCAUGUGCUAUCCACUCUCAUGUCGUUAGAGUUCGUUCCCGCACCAACCGUAGGGUUCGUACUCCUCCUCCCCGUUUUGUCAGACGCAAGGAUGAUGCUCCCAAGCCUGGACAACCAGGACAGGCCCCUCGUCCAGCUGGACCUGGAGCUCCAGCUGCACCCCGUGUCUGAAGCCUGCAAGCAGCUUAAAUUAUAGUUCCAUUUUUCAAAACUUUUGUUUUUCUUAUGUUGCCUUCAGAUUAUAUUGCCAUGUGAAUUUUCAAAUGCUUUUUUAAAUAAUUGUCUCGACUUUGUUAUUAUCAUAUAUAAGACUUCAGUUUUACAAUC